AUGAAUGUCGACACCAUCUCCGACUUCCUCGCCGACCAGCGGGACGAAGCUCCCGAGGAGCUUCAGGGUCUCAUCAUCCAAUUCGAGAACUUGUGGGAGAGGAAGCUAUGGCACCAGCUCACCGACUCCCUUGUCCAAUUCUUUGAGAACCCAGCCAGUCAGAAGCAGCGUCUACAGUUCUACAAGGUCUUCAUCUCCAAGUUUGCCGACAAGAUCAACCAACUCAAGCUUGUCGAUCUAGGCCUCAAGGCCGCCUCGGCAUGCAGAGAUGAUGAAGAACGGCUAUCUUUCCUGCAAGACCUUGCCAAGAAGGUUGAUAAUGAAAACUCACAAGACGCCUUCGUCUACGCCACAAUCGCCGUCGGCAUGAUGAAGCUCCGGGUAGAAGACGAGGAAGGUGCCAGGCAAGACCUCGACAAGGCAGAAAAGAUUCUCGACACCUUUGACAGCGUCGAGGCCAAGGUCCAUGCUGCCUUUUACCGCACCAAUGCCACCUACUACAGCUCCGUCAAAGACUACGCCUCAUACUACCGCAACGCCCUGCUCUACCUUGCCUGCAUCGACCUCAAGGAGCUGUCCGAGGGUGAGCGCAAAAGCAUUGCUUUUGAGUUGGGAAUCUCUGCAUUGGUGUCAGAAUCCAUCUACAACUUUGGUGAGCUGCUGCAACAUCCCAUUCUCGCUGCCUUGGCGGGCGACGCCGAAUGGCUACGCCAGCUCCUUCUCGCCUUUAACCGUGGAGACCUCGUCGCCUAUGACAAGCUCUCCGGCCACAUAUCCAACAAUGAGCUGCUCGCCGACAAUGAGGAUGAAAUUCGAGAGAAGAUCUACCUGACAGCACUAACCGAGGCUGUCUUCCGGCGGCCGCCUCACCAGCGGGCCAUGACCUUUGACGCCAUUGCUGCCGACACCCGGGUGCGUUCCAACCAAAUCGAGCACCUGGUGAUGAAGGCCCUGAGCCUCGGUCUGGUGAGAGGCACAAUCGAUGAGGUCGACAAGCUCGUCAACUUCACUUGGGUGCAGCCGCGUGUACUGGACAUGACUCAGAUCGCCAGCAUGGGCGCCAGGCUGGGUGAGUGGGGCGAAAAUGUGAAUAAGCUCGGCAACUGGAUCGAGGCCACAGGACAGGAUAUCUGGGCUCCGUAA